AUGAACCACAGCGCAAGCGAUAGCUCUCUGCCCGAGUCGAUCCGCACCUCCGGGAACUCCUCCGCGUCCAGCUUUGCCCGCAGAAUCAUGAGGACAGGGCCGGACUUGAGGCUCAUCAAUACCACCAAGACUAGCCUUGCGGAGAGAUUCUCACCUGGAGUUAGACGGAGAAGCGUCGCGACCAUUGCCAACCUCAAGAAAGUGAUGACCUACGAAGAUCCCAGUGAAGAAGCCAGUGAAGUUGCUCCAGCCCACCCUUCGGCACUUGCUACACCAGAGCUGAAGGCUUCCGCAAACAAGCCUGCCUGGUUCAGAGCGUUGCGAAGGCAAGAGUCGAAUCCCGAAGAUUCUGCUGAGCCGUCCAGGCCGUCUCAUACUUCAAUCCCGAACGCUUCAACGCGGCAGUCCCAUUUCCACUCCAAGAGCGACGCCCUCCCUAGACGGUCUAACGUGUCUACCGACGAUUCUCAUAGCGCAUGUGCUUCCUCUGUGGGAGACCUAUCCAACUCAUCCACCGAUAGGCAAGUGAAACGUUCCAAGCCAAGGCCGAGUUUCGCACGCUGGAAAUCUCACAGCAGUCACCUGCUCAAGCAUGGCAAACCACAGAGUUCUUCACAUACAUCCACGCCAUCAGAGUCCUCAGUACAAACCCCUGCUUCGGACUUCGGUGACGGUCACAGACCGCCCUCCAUGGCUUCCCAACAAGCAAGUCUAAAGACAUCAAGAAAACGCUGGUUGUGGCGCAAGCCACCUACCCCUCGUGAUUCUUUGAGUUUCACCGACGUCAGCAACGCGGUGGGAAUGACACCAGAAAUAACGGAUGCGAGGCCGUUCAAAUUUCCUAAGGCCGCUUCACUUUCUCCACAGCAGUUUACCAGUCCUCAGAGAGAAACAAGGUCUGGAUGUUCGAACCGAUGGAACGGUAGAGAAACACUUGAGCUUCCUCCACUCCCUAUAAGUCCAAGUGACUUUGACAAAGCUGUACUUUCUAGCCCUGGCCCUCGUCACGACCGCCGAGGAGCUAGCUCUUACUUUGCAAUCCGUGAACCCUCAGUUUCUCCGAGCCACUCGAAACAUUACGGUCCUGACUUCAUCGGAACCUCCCUCGGCGGGAUCUCGCCACAAAGUUCGUCAUCCGCCACGGAGGAGCCAGCAGCGACGGAGUCCAACAGCUCUCGAGCGCCAGCAACCUCAAUGCCGGGGGAACGAAAUGAAUACUUUCAAGCCGAUGAGCUUCCAGAUCGCGAAGCUGACGUCCGCAGAAGCUUACUGGUCCCAGAGUUUGUGCCUCCAGGACAAAAUCGGGUCCACACGCCGCCGGAGUUCACUAUCGACCGCGCUGCUUCCGGCAGAAAUGCCGGCUUCUUCUUUGCCGGGCCUUCAUCAGAAGGCGCGAGCAAGGCGCGACGAGUGUCAGGUGCGACUCCAGCUCGGAUACGGCGCAAACCUCGCAGCAGCGGUUUGUGGGACAGUGACGCGGUGCUCAUGAGCCAGGGUGUGACGGCCGACGAUGAGUGGAACGUACCACAAGGACUGUCGCCAGAUGAAACACCCGGUAUUGAACGCGACUGGGUCGCGGAACGGCUGGACCACAUACUGGCGGACUCGCCACAGUCGAGAGUGGAGGCAAACAGAAGAGAUUUAGCGUUCGAGUGGGACGUGCCAGAGCAUCUGCCCGGCAGUCCGCUGUGUCCGCUUCACCCGAAACAUAAGAGCGGUGGGAAGGGGAUGUGUGUGUAUCACGGUCGGCGGAAGACACGUGGAGGUGUUGACGUUUGA